GGGUGAAAAGUAAACAACUUGUGGUUCACCUUGUAACCACUAGAGCGCCUGUUCUACCAGAUGCUUCUUUAAAGGCCACUUGACCAAAAUAACAUCUUUAAUGUGGAAAUUCACUGUGCUUAUUUCUCAAAUUCACUUCCUGAAACACAUGAAUAUGUGUACAGAAUUCUCUUUAAUUUUCUGAGAUUGUAAUAUCCUAAUGUCACUAUGAGGUAGUGGUGGAUGUUAAUAUGCAUCACCUAACUAAUUAGUUAAUUUUUAGUAGCAGUCUAUUUUGUGUUUAAAGUUCUAUAUCUGGAGCCAGUCAAUGAAAUAUUGGACAAAAGGCAGUACUGCAUCCUGGACAAGAUUCCAGUCCACUUGAAUGAGCAUAUAUUGAAUACACUGACACUGCAAUUCCAAACAUAUGGAUUACAGGAAAGAGUAAAAAAAAAAAAAAAAACGCCAACCCAAAAUCACAUGAAUGAUUGCUUUUGUGCUCACUCAUAUUUUCUUUCCCCAGCAAUAUGUACUGAUGAUCCUGUUCACUUUUCUACACCCAGAUUUUCAAAUAAGCAUCUACUUUAUCAUCUAAUCACCUAAUCAAGCUAUCCAAGCUUUCCACUUACAAGUUAGUUCAUAUUUAAAAUCCAAAAUAUGGUGAUGUUUUCCCUCUAUAUUUAUAGUGGUAGUUCAUAUAUUGUAAUAUACUGGGUCUAAAUACAGUCCUUUGCUGUUGAGAAAAAGGUUUUGUUUUCUUUUGCAAAUACAAAAUGUUUAACUUCAAGUAAUUAGUAUGUUAAUCAUAUCUUCAAGUUGUCUUUGUGAGAGGUGUAAUUACAGUUAAUAAGUGACAAAUUGCAACUUAAACAAUCAUACAGUGGCAAACAUGGUCAACUAUAUUUGUUGGUCUAUAUCAGAGAUGCCCAAACUACGGCCCACAGGGUGACUUUUGAUUUGGCCCACCAUGCCAUAUAUGAAAAGGAGAGGGGUACCAUUGGAAAAACCUUUGCAAAAUAAGGACCAUCUUCAAGUUUCUCAUUAGAAGUCAAUGAAUAUAUGUAUUAGGCAUUGCAGUCUACUGCACAGUAAAUUGUACUGUUUCUCACUGUACUAUAAACUUCACUGAACCUGAACUUUGAAAAUAAAACUGCAUUGGUGAAGCAGAUUAGAUUGCACAGUAGUGUUUUCUAUUUUUUUUUUUUCAUUUAAUGUUUAAAUAUUAUGAAAUCAUUAAUGAGAAGAAACAUGGCAGCUUUAAUUAUAAUAUAAAUAGUUUGGUAUGAUGCAGCAUUUAUUUCCAGCCCAUCAAUCAAGUUUUAGUUUUGGCCCUUGAUAGGAUAAAGUUUGGGCACUUCUGCUCUAGAUGAACCAACACAUUUAAAGUUUAUGCAAAAUUUGACAUUUGGGUUCAGAGUUGUUUCUUAAGUCUUUUCAUUAAUAAUAUUGAAAGUCAAGCUUUCUCAAAUUAAAACCAUUUUGGAUAGACUAAAUAGACUAAAAAAGUGUCCAGCAGCAGCCUGUUUCACCUGCAAUGCAAUAGCAACAGUAAACAUGCAUCAAGUCAUGAAUUAUCAGUGUCUCUUUAGUUUUCUAAUGUAACCUUAACUUUUCAGUCAUCUAUACAACACCUGUUUUUCUGAUGUUAUUGUUUUAUAUGGAUUAUAUGUUAUAUUUUUGACUAAGUUAUCCUCAGAAGUAAGCUUAGCCCUGCUGUUUGAUGAAGAGACUUCACUCUAACAUCAGUGCAGGAAGAUUUUUAGAAAUAACUUGUAUCUCUGAAAGACUUUUAAUAAUUGCUAGGCUAAGCGACAAACUUUCGCCAAGACAAUUCAAUUUAAAAAAGUUGCACCUGAUGCGAAAUUAAUAAGCUCGAAUCUAAAGUAGUUUGUUUGUAACAGGGGUGAACCUUUGCGGUUUUAAGUUAUUAUUUGAUAAAGUUUAAUGUGUGUUCUGGGCUAAACUCCAAACUACGGGUAGAGUUCCUUUGGCUUCUUGGUAUUAAUGCAACUCUCAUAAAUAAACGCGCUGUUAAUACCACAAAAAAUGUUUCGUUUUAAGGGAUUGGGGAAACUCAGUUGUCUGUCUGUCCAAAACGGCGAUAGAGAACACGGUCACGUUUGUGCGGUUGCGAGCGUUUAAACUGCGCCUUUGCGCAACAGCCGCCUCGUUUGGAGGAGUCCGGUCAGUGCACAAAGACAGCGCCGGAGAGAGAGAGCAGCCAUACAGCCACAGCAGCCGUCUCCACAUCCACUCGCCUAAAUCCUCUACCGGAACUCCAAAGUUGUACCUCGCGAAGGCCGAGGCUUGGUCGAGCCUUUUUAACAAAAGGUUUACACAAUGGAGGAAACUGGCACCGAAGAGACCCCAAUCAAUGACAAGUGCUGUCAGACCGAAACACUGUGGAACUGCAGUUGCCAGCUGGCUUCACAACAAGAGGGCUGUGACCAACCGCAAGUGCAUAUUAUUGAGCCAGGAGACCCGCCUCUACUUCAACAGCAGCUCCACACUUCCAAGUCAGGAAUUCAACAAAUAAUCGAGUGCUUUCGCUCAGGUACGACCCAGCUCAGGCACAUGUUGUUGAAAGAAGUUGACACCAUCUUUGAGUGCAGGCUUUGCCGAAGUCUGUUCCGUGGUCUACCCAAUCUGGUCACGCACAAGGAGUUCUACUGCUUUUCUGGACAUCAUAAGCAAGAUGAUUCUUCUGAACCAAACAAGCAGAGCCAAGCUGUCAAAGAGCUUCUGGAGGCAAUCUAUCCACAACGAGACAAGCAUGAACAUGUGAUUCAACUGGAGACCAUAGAGACCAACCCUAAUGCUGUGUUCCAACACUUGUCUGUUGAGAAUUAUGAGAAUGAAAAUGAGAAUGAGACCAUGUCCACUAAUUCCCAUCAGCCAGAGCCUGGACCACAGAAGCCGAAUCGCCGCAAGUCUUCUGUAGCCCCGAAAAAGAUUGAACAGCAAGACAUAGAGGACACAGACGAUGACAUGGAUACAGCAUCUAAUAAGUCUCCAGAGAGAGAAGUAGAGGAAUCAGAAGAAAUUGGAAACACAGAGCAGGAUAAAAAAGUGGAAAAUGAGGAGGAACCUGCUCCUGAAAUGAAGGAAACGAGGAUAUCUUGCUGCCUGUGUCGAAAGGACUUCAGUUCAAGAAGCAGCAUCCGCCGUCACUGCCGCAAGAUGCACCGGCAGAAGCUGGAGGAGUUGUGCAAGUUUACUGAAACACGCACAGUGCCUAUCAGCCUGCUGUCUAUGGUAAAAACCAAGAGUGCAGAAUCUCCUCCGCCGGCCACUGGCAAGAGUUGCCCUGUCUGCCAAAAGUCUUUUGCUACUAAAGCUAAUGUUCGCCGACACUUCGAUGAGGUGCACAGAGGACUGAAGCGAGACUGCAUCACACCCGAUAUUGCUACCCGACCUGGCCAACCACUUUUGCUUGGGUUCCCAGUCUCUCCAAAACCACCCAGCUCCUUUACAAAGCCAGACCAACAAGAGGUCAACGUUACAACCUCUCGAUGCAGGCUGUGCAGAAGGAAAUACAGCUCACAUGUCAUGUUGAGGAGGCAUAUGCGCAUUGUCCAUAAGGUUCACACACUGGAAAAUGGCUCCUCUGCCAGCCGUGCUCUCUUUCCCAGGAAAAACAAAACAAAGACUGACCCUGAUAAAAGUGUUAGCGCCGGAAAAAGUGGCCCUCCUUCCAGUGCACCUACUUCAUCUGAGGCAGAUAAGAGCACAGAAUGCUUGGAAUCAAAGCCUAAAGUCACAGAGGACAGUGGAAACCUUCCAUUAAGUUUUGACUUCAAGCAGAUGUACUGUUGGCUUUGCAAACGACAGUUCAGCUCCAGUCAGAACCUGACUAAGCACAUCACCGAGCUACACAUGGAUGGUAAUGACAGUAUCUACAUCAAGUUUUAUGGGUGUCCUAUCUGCAGAUAUGAGUCACGGCGGAAACGAGAUGUCAUACGUCACAUUACAGUGGUUCACAAGAAGUCAUCCCGUUAUCUGGCCAAGAUCAUGCCAAUCCUGGAGAGUCGUGCAGUGAAGAAACCAGCUGAGGUUGUACUCAACAGCAGUGGGAAGAGUGUCUCAUCAAAAGAGGACACUCCUGGAAAGCACCAUGGUCCAUCAUCUAGCAUGCUGACAACAUCAGACCAAGCAACUCCAUCCAAAGUAAAUCAGCAAAACUCGUCUUGGUCGUCUAGUGUAAAGAAAAGCGAGUCCUCGGUCUACCUGAAUACUCGUAAGAAUUCUGCCCUCACAUCUCUUAACACUUCGAAUCACGACCAGGAACUCUCACAAGCCACCAAAUUAUGUAAACAAGAGAAGAGACCUCAAGAGCCAAAGAAUCCACAUGUUACUCGGAGCCACAAUCCCAGCAAAGGACCUCCCAUCACUAGAAGCCAGGAGUCAAGCACAGAGGUGAGGGUUACUAAGAACUUUUCUCUGCAUGGAUGUGACAUGUGCAGUCGGGCAUUUGCCAAGAAGGUUUUCCUAGAGACUCACAGACGAAGCCAUAAGACCAGCAUCAAUACACCAACUGGAGGCACUAAAGUACAGGGAAGGAGUACUCGGUCGAAGGCACUGAUAUGAUGGAAGCUCUGCAGUGCUUGACUGUACCCAUUUCAUCAGAUUAUCUUCAUGCUUAGAAAUGGGUUUGUCCCAAAGUAUUGGAUCAGAGCAAUUAAUUGAGGUUUAAAUAUUGAGGAUGCAGCUAGCACACACCCAUCAAUUUAUACUCGUGCAGACAUCAUUGUCAUGCAUUGCUGUUUCCCAAAGGUUUUAUUUUUACUCUUGAUCCAUUUUAAUCUCUUGCCACAAAUAAAAGAACUUACUCAUGAAUAUCUUUGUGAUAUACCUAUGUCAAAAUGUGGAAUAUAAUAAAGGGGUUUGAUAUUGGAAAUGUG